AUGGAUUCUACGAUUUUAGACGAUGAAUCAUUUAAAGACUUUCUCGACGAUGAUUUUGAUAUCAAGUCAUUUUCAGCCAAUGUUUUACAAACAAAAAUCGUCACAGAUUAUCUACAACAUUUGAACGAAUUGAUACGAACACUUGAUGCCGAAAUUAAACAACAAGUGUCAACAAAUGCACCUGUUCUGUUCCGACAAGCAUCAUCGAUCGGAACGAUUGAAGAUGUUUUAGAAAACAUGCAGACAAGAAUCAAAUCAUUGAAAACAACGGUUGAUAGUAUAGCGACAAAAGUCACUGAACCGUACAAUAUUAUCUUGAACCGGAAGUACCAAUUAACCCGUCUUCAAAAUACGUGCGACCUUCUUCGACGAAUCAAAGGAAUAAUGCAGCAAACUAGCAAGUUACGAAAAUUUAUCUCGUCUACUAGUACAGGUCAACAGCAGAUUGAGUUAGUGAAAGCUUCGCAGUGUUUAAGCGAACUAGAUCAUUUCACCGUUGACGCUGAUUUCACGGGUAUCGAUAUCGUGGAGAAGGAUCUUCAGUUCGUCUUCAAAGCUCGACAUGACAUUCAUAAGCAGGCGCAAGAUAUUCUCGACAAUGGUCUCAAUCAUUUGAAUCCCGCUCAGAUUGGAACGGCAUUACAAGUUUUCUAUAAUUUGGGUAUCCUUCGCGAUUCCAUUCAAUCGAUUGAAGACCGUUUGAUCAAAGAUUUUCAAAGUCAAGUUUCUGAUUAUCUCGAUUUAAAACAAUUGUCGAAAACGCGUGAUCCAUCAAAUCCCGGACGAUCGACAAUGCCAAGUGUUGGUAAUACACCUCAAUUUCGUGCAUUACUAUGGACAAAUAUUGAAAAAAUUUUGGAACUGUUGUACGUACAAGUUGCCCAACUUUACAAUCUUACCCGAGUUCUGACUAAAAAGAAAGAUCCAAUUACUCAUGGAACAUUUAUUGAAGAACUAAUUAAAAACGGUCAUUCAGGUGAUCUUGUAGGAAAAUUCUGGCUGAAUGCAAUGAAAUAUUUGCGCGAACAGUUACGGACAUCUGUUGCAGAUUCAAUACACAUGAAACAAGCUCUGGAAGGAGAAUACCCAAAACUAUUGAAAUCGCAGAAUGAAAUUAUUAAUCGGCUGAAUCAGUUACAGACAGGAUUCAGUGAUAUCGAAAUGGAUAAUAUCAAUGAAGAAUCGAAUCAUACUGAGGAAAUCAUUGGAAAGCAAAAAACAAGCGUACAAUUGAAUGAAUGUUUCGAUAUUUUCGAACAAUCUUAUCUGUCAAUAUCAUUAUCACGAUUAUCUGAUCCGAUUAAUCUCAUGUUUAGUACCAGUGCAAUGAAAUUAUUACCAACGCAACAGGAACUGGAGAAUCUUGUUAAAGUUAUUGUUAAUGAAUUGUCUGUGACAACAGUUAGUGAAAUCUUAGUUGAUAAAGUAGCACGUAACAUAGCCAAGAGUAUUCAAUUAUUUGCUGCCAAAUGUGAACAAUCGAUCUGCACAGAUAGUGAAGGUAGUCAGGUUGUAUCAGCACCAACACCUGCUCAAUUAAGAAACAUUUCCGCCAUUAACAUUCUCUACAAUUUUUGUGCAAUGAUCAAUAAAAUGCUUUCGGAACAACAAAAUUUGUCAUCCGCUGCAGUGACACGCAUCACUAACGCUUUACAAUGUGUGCAUUCGUUAAUGAAUACAGCUAUUCAUCCAUUUCUCAAUUCUGUUGCUGAUUGCAUCGAAGCUAUCCUUGUUACCAUGCACAACGAAGAUUUUUCACAAGUAGCACCAAGUAGUUCAGACGCUCGAAGUUCAUUAUACAUGAAAGAGUUGCAAGAAUUCAUAAUUCGCAUUGAGAAAGAUUAUUUUAAUGAAUUUCAAUGUAAAAAUUUUAUGUAUGAUAACCUUGCACCCAUUGCUUGCCGAGCUAUUAUGUUGUUCAUUGAACAUGUUAGUCUCGUGCGACCGCUGGGUGAAAGUGGCAUGACGCGUUUGGUGGCCGAUUUUGCACAAAUGGAAUUGGCAUUAGUACCAUUUUGUCGACGAUUAACCGACUUAGGAAAACAUUAUAAAAUCUUGAAAGCAUUCCGCCCACUUCUGGUUCUAAAUACGGACGAAUUUCAAAAUAAUUCCGUCGUAGGUGAUGUCGUGCCAUACGACGUUGUUCUUCAUCAUCUCUUUGCACGCGCACCUGAUGAUCUACGUUCACCACAUAAAGUUAUGAACUGGUCGAUUUCUCGUUAUAUGCAAUGGUUAGACGAGCAUCCGAACAUGAACGAUCGUCUAACAAUGAUAAAAAACACGUUAGACACCUACGUCCAGACAGUUCGAAACCGACAGCAGAAGGAAUUUGCACCUAUUUAUGUGAUUAUUCUCAAUAUUUUGGAAAAAGGUUUAGCAGCCACUGCAUAG